AUGUCCCCUUCUACACAUAUCCCAAUUAGAAAAAAAUGUCCAAACUGUGGGCUACAUACCUUAAUCAACAAAAACGGAACCCUAAGGAAGCACGGUAAAAGUGGUAACUGGUGUCAUUUAUCACAUCAGUCACCUUUAACAGAUCCUAUUCCCCCUCCAUUUUCUCUAUUGCAUUUAACAUUAACAUCCCCUUCACAUAUCCCAGCUCUCACCACAAUUAAUAAUUUAUCUGUUAAUGAGGACUCACCCUGUACUUCCAAUGAGUUACCAAUACCCUCCUUUUCCGAUGAAUUUACAAAUUUACCUAAAUCUCAUAUUAUCUCAAGAAUCCCCCGGGGAGCCAGGCUUCUUGCGGCUAAAUCAUAUAGUAAAACUAUUAAUAACCUUCUAACCAAUUUUAACUCCCCACAGCACUGGAAAGAGUUUCUCUUAUUUGGCUUCCAUGCCUUUCAGGUUCCAACUGACAAAAGAAAGCUGUCCCUCACUCAACAAAUUAAGAACAGGUUAAAUGAUCUAGACAACAUUUCAAUGGAUAUAACUUCCACACCUAAGUUAUCCAUAAAUCCUUUUAAGAUAAAAGUAAAUUUAGUUGGAAAAAAAAUCGAUAAUUUAGAUAUAAAAGGAGCACUCCGUCUGGCCUCUUCAUCAGACACACUAGCCCCCAUUAAUUUUCAAACUUAUACCCGAUUGGCUAUGAAGCACCCCACACAUCAGCCAUCUUCAACUGAAUUUCCUGGUCUAAAUCCCACAUCUUAUCCAAUAGAAUUUACCCCAGAGGAAGUGAGAAAAGCAAUCUCAACCUUCCAAAAAGAUACUGCACAUGGUUUUGAAGGCAUGAGACCGAUAUAUCUUCAAGACCUAACAAUCCCUCUUCUAAAUUCUCAAACUACACUACUCAACAGUAUAACUCUCCUUUGUAACAGGAUCUUACAUGGUGACGUUCCUAUCUUCGCCCAGCCAAUUAUGUUUGGAGCAAAACUAAUAGCUCUUACAAAACCAAACAAAGACUUGCGCCCAAUUGCCAUAGGCACCCUUUUUAGAAGACUAGUAUCAAAAUUGAUUUCGGCUCGAAUCAAUGAGAAAGUCUCUACAAUUCUCACAUCAACUCAACUAGGGGUUGAUGUCAAAGGCGGCUGCGAGUCUGCCGCUCAUAUAACCCGAAUAUUUCUACAAAAUAAUCCUCAAAAUAAACACCUGAUUAAAAUUGAUUUUUACAAUGCAUACAACACAAUAAAGCGAUCUGUCUUCCUAAAAUCCUUUAUCAAUAGCUUCCCAUGCUACUCCAGCUACAUUUUAAGCUGCUAUGCGAAUCCCUCCAUCUUACAAUAUGGUGAAUAUAGGCUCUCUUCUUCAGAAGGAAUUCAACAGAAUGAUCCCCUAGGUUGCCUGUUAGAUCUUCAUAUCUGGUACAUAGAUGAAGGGAUUAUAAGCGGAAGCCCAGAAGAAGACAAAGCCCUAGAAAUUUUGCAAAAGGAUGGGCCAGACAUAGGCCUUCUCUUAAACGUCGACAAAACAGAAUUCUGUCAGCUCACCUCUCAAUCUCCCAACUGUCACGCCUUUAAAGAGGUUAUGGCCGAAGAACUAACACAUCUUGGCUCACCAGUUGGGGGUUGCUUAGCAGUUGAAGCCUUUUUCCAGGCUACUUCGAAUAAUUUGAACAAUAUGGAGGGUCUACUUAUGCAACUUCCCACGCAUAAAUCUUUCUUCUUAAUAAAAAAUUUCUUCAAUAUACCAAAGAUCUUAUAUGCUCUACGGUCUACUGCUGUUUUUAAACAUCCCAAACCCUUAAGAGCAUAUGAAUCCAUAAUUAAAAACAUCAUGGAAAAAAUAACUAACCUCAAAUUUAACUCCAAUUCGUGGCAUCAACCACUCUCCUCUGCAAUAAAGGAGGCUUAG